AAAUCUCAGUGUGGAUGAGAUAUUAGAAAGAGGAGGGACACGAUUAUCGGGUUCAAUUGAGUUGGGCUGGAGGGGAAUGAAUGGAUGAAUCACGUCCAUAUCCAUCAUCAUCAUCGCAUAUCCCGUCGUCGACUUUGACUUGGCCUUUUCCUAUGACCUGGCCGAAUUGCGCAUUGAAAUUCACCACCCACCUUCAAAACCAAAACCCCCCCGACCCCGUGCGAGAAACAGACAAGACGAGUGCUAAUAUUCUAAUUCUCUCCAGCUACGUGCCCCGCAAGUGCAGCGCCACCAACCGCAUCAUCAAGGCCAACGACCACGCCUCCGUCCAGAUCUCCAUCGGCAAGGUUGACGAGAACGGUCGCUACACCGGCGAGAACCAGAGCUACGCUCUGUGCGGCUUCAUCCGUGCCCGUGGUGAGAGCGAUGACUCCCUGAACCGCCUUACCCAGCGUGACGGCUACGUCCGUAACGUCUGGUCCGCCAGCAGCCAGCGGUAAAUAUGGUGAAACCGUGUUUGGGUGUCUGGGGGUUAUUGGUGAUGGAUGAGAUAAGAUGUACGGUGACUAAAUCCAGUCACGACAUCAUGAUAUAUCGAA